CCAGGGAUUGUAUGAGUCAGAAUAUAUGUGCUGAUGGUGAAUCUUCCAUCAUGUAUGCAUGGGCAAAACAAGCUCCUGGCCUUACCUUUCCUAAAGGUGUUGGUUUAAAGAUAGGAGGCAGUUCUAAAAUAAACUAUGCUGUAAUGCAGGUUCAUUUUCAUGAUACACCACACGACAAAGCUGAUUAUCCUCAUCUGAAGCUCAAGCUUACUACUACUCAUCAGCCUAAGGUUGCUGCUAUUUAUCUUUUAAAUGGAUUCAUAGGUUCUUUGCCACCACACAAGCAAAACAUUGAAGUACCAGUUGCCUGUAAAUUCGAGGGUCCUAAUGUAAUCUACCCUAUUGGGUUUAGGACACACGCCCACUCCUUGAGUCCGCUGAUUGCUGGUUUCUUGUAUUCACAUUCUUCAAAGAAGUGGAGUCUGAUUGGUCACCAUAGCCCACAGGAGCCUCAGGCAUUUUAUCCCAGCCAGCCCGGCAUUGAAGUUCAUCCUGGAGAUAUUUUGGCUGCACGGUGCCAUUACAAUACCAGUCAGAAGUCCUCUUCAGUAUAUUUUGGCCCUGAGUCCAGCAAUGAAAUGUGCAACUUCUACAUUAUGUUUUAUACUGAUAACAACGGAAGGAAAAUAUCAGACCCUGUCUGCUAUGAAACCCCUGAUUUUAAACUCCCAAGUCUCUCUGAUUUCAUCACGCAAGAAGAAAACACGUCAUCCACCGACACACAUAAUGAGGACAGUAAUCAAGAAACCACGCCUACUGUGACCACGCCUGCUCCUUCAACUCCACCUACUCAUAAACCAUCGGCCAUCAUUACCCUUGCUAAGGACUGGAGGAUGAAUUAUUUGAAUUCUUCUAGUAGUAUCAACGGGUUAUUGGGUGUCCAGUUUGGUCAAGUGACUGGCAUUGAUGUUGAUAGCAAUGACCUGGUCUACAUGUUUCAUCGCGGUAACCACGUAUGGGAUUUUAAUUCAUUCACUGUGUCUGAUUAUUACAAUGAGAGAGAGAAAGGUCCAAUCACAGAGUCAGUUAUCCUAGUAACAGAUCCAAACGGAACCGUCAUUACAAAAUGGGGCAAGGACAUAUUCUACCUUCCACACGGUCUCUCCAUUGAUCCUGAUGACACAUUAUGGAUGACUGACGUUGCCAGGCAUCAAAUAUUCAAAUUGUCUAGCAUUAAAAAUGAAAGGCCACUAGCUUUGGGUGCUGCCUUUCAUCCUGGGAGCGACAAGAAGCAUUUUUGUAAGCCGGCAGCGGUUCUCUUCGACCCAGAGAGGGGCAGGAUAUACGUUGCUGAUGGUUAUUGUAAUCAUCGUAUUCUGGUAUUCAGUAAGAAAGGAUCCUACAUUACUCAAUACUCGAAUAAAGUCGACGGACUCCAACUUGAAGUACCUCAUAGUCUAGCUCUUUCAAGUGAUGGAGAAACCCUCUAUGUCGCCGACAGGGAGAAUUAUCGAAUCAUAGAGUACAACACCCUCACCGGCUCCGGGAGUGUUUUUGUGUCUUCGGAUAAACUAGGCGGAGCCAUUUACGCUAUAUCUUUUGCUGACAAAGCAAGGAACUGGCCCAUGUAUGCCAUCAAUGGGUCGAUGGACGAGAGACUGCGGUCCGUGGGUUUUACGAUAAAUGAAGAAGGGAACGUCGUUGAUACCUGGUAUCCGCAUUUGAAUGAAAAAGGUUUCACUCAACCUCACGACAUCGCUGUCAAUGUGAAUGGAUCUGCUAUUUAUGUUGCUGAAAUUGGGCCCAAUAAAGUCUGGAAAUUUGAUGUUCAUGAAUCAUCUUUCCCUCCUCCCUCUUCAUUCAUGACGACCCCAUCCUGUGUACCCUCUUCUUCUCCGUUAGAGGAAGACACAUACCUGUGUCCCCGUCCGCCCCCACCUCCAAUCAGUUUAAAUACAACAGCAACUGGUGGAACGGCAUCACAAUACACUCCUAGUGUGGUCCUAUCUGAUCCUUCCUUACCUAGUCAAACCAGUGAUCAGACACAAAGCACCUCAGGAAGUACUAAAAGCUCAAUCUCGGUCCUCCCUGUUGCGAUAUUAGUAAUUAUAAUGCUCAUGAUCCUUUCCCUUAUAUUAUUACUGGUCGGUUUUGUUGCCAUUCGUAAGAAACGAAGCAGUCUUAAUAGACCGCUCUUUAAAGUUAGGAGACAUUACUCCCGCCAUCCUAAGAAGAGGAUGGACGUUCUUUUGCAAGCGACCGGCUCCGGGGGAAAGAAAGGUUUCACUCAGCUGAAAACCUUUGACUCCGAGAGCGAAGAAGAAUUCACCGUCUUUCAGAAAACAUGAGUCUUAAUACAUGAACUGAUAUCAUUAUGAUCAUUUUCUUACAUCCGGUUACUUUUGACAUUCAUCUGAGUAUCAUCAUUAUUAUUUUGUAUUUCAAAUAUCAUUAAUAUUAUUUACUAUUAUUAUUAUUAUUAUUAUUAUUAUUAUUAAUUAUUUGUGCACUAAAACUGAUCUGUUGAUUCUAAUAUUAUUUUUUACCAAAGACCUUGAACCACAGUAUAA